GAAAGGGUAAAAAUUCAUUCUUUUGGUAUAACAACUCUCACUCAGCUUUCUUUCAAGAGUUAUAAUAUCUUAAGAUGGAGACUCAAGGUUUGUCUACGGAUAGGAUCAGCACCCUUCCGCAAUCUCUAAUAGAAAAUAUCCUCUGUCUUGUACCGAUCAAAGAUGCAGUGAGGACGAGUGUCCUCGCUAGGGAAUGGAGAUCCAAAUGGACCACAAUUCCUAAACUUGUGUUUAGUGAGUAUUCAUUUGAUUUAUCUACCAAAUUCAAUAAGGUCAAGCUGUCCCAAAUGAAGAAUACCGAUCCACUCUACAUGGAACGUCAAAGAAAAAUGAUGAGCAGGAAGUGUAAACUUUUCUAUGCUUUAUUCCAAGUUCUAUCGGUACACCAGGGUCCAAUACAUGAGUUUGGCCUUUCCACAGACGGAGACGACACCUAUGUAGAAGUUGACCAAAUAAUAGGUCAUUUGGCAAGGAACAGUGCUCUUAAGAAACUUACACUCGACUUGGCCACCCGUCCAUGUUAUUAUAAAGUGCUGUUAUCUUUCUUCUCUUUCUUCUCAUUGCAUCAUCUAACAGAGUUGGAUCUUCUGGCUGUCAUAUUACCCUACAACCAGCUUCCAGUCCAUUUAGGAGCCUUACAAGAUUGUGCUUGAAUUAUGUAAAGAUAUCUACAAAAGAGCUUCUAAAUCUUGUAUCCAGUUGUCCAUUACUUACAAGCUUCAGUUUGCUUGAAAAAUGUGAGAUACAUAGUGAUCAUGGCUCCACCCUUAUGGAGCUAUUCAAGUGUUUACCUAUGAUUGAAGAUUUGACUAUUUCGAAUCGGCUCUUUCAGUUUUGGUGGUUUUAUGAAGAUUUAUAUUCAAAAGGAUUAAAUGGAUUAGAGCUUCGAACAUCAUUAGACCACCUCCAAUGCUUCCGUGUUGAAGAUAUGUAUUUUACUGGCAGAAUGGACUUGGUUUUUAUCCUUAGUGUGAUCAGAUGCUCCCCAAACUUAGAGAAAUUUAAGCUACAUAUGUUUGGCGAACUUAAAGAAAGUGAGUGGAAUUCUCGUACAGAGUCUGUUACCCAUGAAGAUUAUCCGGAUAUUUGGUUGGAGAAUCUGAAUGAAUUGGAGAUUUUCAAUUUUGGAAAUUCGAAGCAAGAGUUAGAUCUUGUGAAGCUUAUCUUGGCCAAUUCACCCAUGCUGAAAAAGUUGAGCCUAUUCCCCUACCGUAAGAUUACUAAAGAUGAGGAAAUGUCGCUAUUAGAAAUUCUCUUACACUCCCCACGUGCAUCGCCCAUGGUAGAACAACUCAUUGUCAAGAAGUAGAAGUCAUCGUCCGAAGAUGAAAGGUGAUGUUGAGUUGGAAAUUGGAUUGUAUGCCUUGCACUGCAAUUAGCUUCGGACCCCUUUGUCUUUCUGAACUAUCGCUGGGUUUUGUUUUUAUUUUAGCUGGUUAAUCUUUUUAGUCUGUUCUGUAGUUGACCAAAACUAUUGAGAGUCCAACAGAAACAUUUCCUUAUAUUUCUAUAACGUUUUAGUACUGUAUGUGGCAGUUCAACCAUAGAUGAUAUUGUGUCAUUGGUCUUUAAUUUUCCAAUAUCUUACUUAAGGGAGGUUAUGGUGUUUAAAUGGAUUUGUAGCUCAAAUCCCACUUGAUCGAAUUUUGUUAUGUUUGAAUUGGUUUUUGUCAUGAAUUACUUGAUCCAAGAUAAGC